AUGCCUGUUCCAGACCAGCCCUCGUCUUCUGACAAGACAAGUUCCUUUAGUCCCGUGUUGAACACAUCCAACGGCGAUGGCUCUGAAACUGAGACAACCUCUGCCAUUCUAGCUUCGGUUAAAGAACAGGAACUGCAGUUUGAGAGACUGACUCGAGAACUUGAGGCGGAACGUCAGAUUGUAGCUAGCCAGCUGGAGAGAUGUAAGCUUGGAUCAGAAACUGGAAGCAUGAGCAGCAUUAGUUCAACGGAAGAGCAGUUUCACUGGCAAACACAAGAUGGUCAGAAGGAUAUAGAAGAUGAGCUCACCACUGGUCUGGAGCUGGUGGACUCUUGUAUUAGAUCACUGCAGGAAUCAGGGAUACUCGAUCCACAGGACUAUUCAGCCAGCGAAAGGCCCAGCCUCCUCUCCCAGAGCACUCUCCAGCUCAAUUCCAAACCUGAAGGGUCCUUCCAGUACUCGGCCAGCUACCACAGCAACCAGACCCUCGCCCUGGGCGAAACAGCAGCCACCCAGCUCCCAGCACGCAGCAGUCAGGCCAGAGGUGCCAUCCAGAGCUACGGCCAGGGCCCGGGGGGCCGCGGCGCCCACCCGGGCGGCCCGGAGCCGCCGCCGCCGCAGCCCGCCGCCCCGCAGCCGCGGGAGCCCUUCGCGCCCAGCCACGGCAGCGCCUUCCACCUGCCCGAGCCGCAGCACGCCGCCGCGCUCUACUACGCCAGCUCCACGCUGCCGGCGCAGCGGGUGAGCUCCCCGCUGCCCGCCCAGCCCGGCGGCUCCCCCACCAAGCUGCCGCGGGCCGGCUCCGCCGCCGAGGGCGCCGCCUACGCCACCGCGCAGCGCCUCUCCUCCCCGAAGCAGUCCCCCAGCCGCCUGGCCAAGUCCUACAGCACCAGCUCGCCCAUCAACAUCGUCGUCUCCUCGGCGGGACUGUCGCCGUCCCCCAUCCGAGUGACCUCCCCGCCCACCGUCCAGUCUAACAUUUCCUCCUCUCCUAUCCACCAGUUAAGCUCCACCAUCGGCACUUACGCCACCCUGUCGCCUACCAAGCGGCUGGUUCACGCUGCCGAUCAGUACAGCAAGCACUCCCAGGAGCUGUACGCCACCGCCACCCUGCAGAGACCCGGCUCCCUCGCAGCUGGGUCUCGGGCAUCUUACAGCAGCCAGCACAGCCACCUUGGCUCCGAGUUAAGGGCACUGCAGUCUCCAGAACACCAUAUAGAUCCUAUUUACGAAGACAGAGUUUAUCAGAAGCCCCCUAUGAGGAGUCUCAGCCAGAGUCAGGGGGACCCUCUGCAACCAACACACACAGGCACAUACCGCACUAGUACAGCCCCAUCUUCCCCUGGUGUCGACUCCGUACCCUUACAGCGCACAGGCAGUCAACACGGCACACAGACCGCAGCAGCGACCUUCCAGAGGGCCAGCUAUGCGGCCGGCCCGGCCUCCAAUUACGCAGACCCCUACCGACAGCUGCAGUAUUGUCCUUCUGUUGAAUCACCAUACAGCAAAUCUGGGCCAGCCAUCCCACCAGAAGGGACCUUGGCUAGGUCACCUUCCAUUGAUAGCAUUCAGAAAGAUCCCAGAGAGUUUGGAUGGCGAGAUCCAGAGCUUCCAGAAGUUAUACAGAUGUUACAGCAUCAGUUUCCCUCCGUACAAUCCAAUGCUGCAGCCUACUUGCAACACCUCUGUUUUGGAGACAAUAAAAUCAAAGCAGAGAUAAGAAGACAAGGCGGAAUACAAUUACUGGUGGACCUAUUGGACCAUCGGAUGACAGAAGUCCACCGUAGUGCCUGUGGAGCUUUGAGAAACUUGGUAUAUGGGAAGGCAAAUGAUGACAACAAAAUUGCUCUGAAAAACUGUGGUGGUAUCCCAGCAUUAGUACGGUUACUCCGCAAGACUACAGAUUUGGAAAUCAGAGAACUGGUCACAGGAGUUCUCUGGAACUUAUCCUCCUGCGAUGCACUGAAAAUGCCAAUCAUCCAGGAUGCCCUCGCAGUGUUGACCAAUGCAGUGAUCAUCCCUCACUCUGGAUGGGAAAACUCUCCGCUCCAGGAUGAUCACAAAAUACAACUCCAUUCAUCACAGGUGCUGCGUAAUGCCACUGGGUGCCUAAGGAAUGUCAGCUCUGCUGGAGAGGAGGCCCGCAGAAGAAUGAGGGAGUGUGAUGGCCUGACAGAUGCGUUGCUGUACGUGAUCCAGUCUGCUCUGGGGAGCAGUGAAAUUGAUAGUAAGACCGUUGAAAACUGUGUGUGCAUUUUGAGGAACCUCUCAUACAGGCUAGCUGCAGAAACAUCUCAGGGACAGCAGAUGGGAACAGAUGAACUAGAUGGAUUACUCUGUGGUGAUGCCAAUGGAAAAGACGCAGAGAGUUCAGGGUGCUGGGGAAAGAAGAAGAAGAAAAAGAAAUCUCAAGAUCAGUGGGAUGGCGUAGGACCUCUCCCAGACUGUGCAGAACCACCCAAAGGAAUCCAGAUGCUGUGGCACCCUUCAAUAGUCAAACCCUACCUCACACUUCUUUCUGAGUGCUCAAAUCCAGACACGCUGGAGGGGGCAGCAGGGGCACUGCAGAACUUGGCCGCUGGGAGUUGGAAGUGGUCAGUGUACAUCCGUGCUGCUGUCCGCAAAGAGAAAGGAUUGCCAAUCCUGGUGGAGCUGCUUCGAAUAGACAAUGACCGGGUGGUAUGUGCAGUUGCUACAGCUUUACGAAACAUGGCCUUAGAUGUCAGAAAUAAGGAGUUAAUAGGCAAGUAUGCCAUGAGGGAUCUGGUCCACCGACUGCCAGGCGCUAACAACAGCAACAGCUCAGCGAGCAAGGCCAUGUCUGAUGACACCGUUACUGCCAUUUGCUGCACUCUGCACGAAGUCAUCACUAAAAACAUGGAGAAUGCCAAGGCCUUACGAGACGCAGGCGGCAUUGAGAAACUGGUUGGCAUAUCUAAGAGUAAAGGAGACAAGCAUUCGCCAAAAGUGGUGAAAGCAGCAUCUCAGGUCCUCAAUAGUAUGUGGCAGUACAGAGACCUGAGAAGUCUCUACAAGAAGGAUGGAUGGUCGCAGUAUCACUUUGUAGCCUCAUCUUCAACAAUAGAAAGGGAUCGGCAAAGACCGUACUCUUCAUCACGCACGCCCUCCAUCUCUCCCGUGCGCAUGUCUCCCAACAACCGCUCAGCAAGUGCCCCAGCCUCACCUCGGGAAAUGAUCAGCCUAAAAGAAAGGAAAACAGACUAUGAAUCAACUGGAACAAACGCCACUUACCAUGGAAAUAAAGGAGAACACACUUCUAGGAAAGACACCAUGACAGCUCAGAACACUGGAAUCUCAACUUUGUACAGGAAUUCGUACGGUGCACCUGCUGAAGAUAUCAAACAUAACCAGGUUUCAACACAGCCAGUUCCACAGGAGCCCAGCAGAAAAGAUUAUGAACCAUAUCAGCCGUUUCAGAAUUCAACAAGAAACUAUGACGAGUCCUUCUUUGAGGACCAAGUGCAUCAUCGUCCACCUGCAAGCGAAUACAACAUGCACCUGGGACUAAAGUCAACUGGCAACUACGUCGACUUCUAUUCAGCUGCUCGUCCCUAUAGUGAACUUAACUAUGAAACAAGCCACUAUCCAGCCUCUCCCGACUCUUGGGUUUGA